GCUCAAUAGCACCGCAGUCAUUAUCUAUACAGCGUAAUAAAUGUAUGUUUGCAUAUUCCUUUUCAUAGUAAAUUUGUAUGUAAGUAGUUCUGUGUCAUGAACAGAAACAUGUUCCAGACAAGUUUGCUUUCAUCUUAAUUUGCGUGUGUGGGCUUGUUUAUACUACUUUGUGGGGACCAAUUCUUGACAAAGCACUGUCCUUGUGGGAACCUUAUAUCCUCAUGGGUACCUUUUGCUGGUCUCCACAGGUCCAAACCCCAAUUUGAGGAUGACGACUUCAGAAUGACUGUGUCAUUAUAAUUUGGUUUAAGUUUGGCUCAGAGUCCUGGUUACGAUUAGCCAUGUGUUUUGGACAGUUAAGUUUAGGGUGAGAAGCUGGGGAAAACGUGUGUGCGUUGCAUGUGUGUGUGUCUGUGUACCAGGCAGGAGCAUUAGCCAUGGCACUGCACUCAUACCCCCACACUCACAGCAUUCUCAUACAUACACACAAAGAGAUGCAGUGGUUGCACUCAGAACAUCUCAUACGCACAACCACUUUGAAAGAAGUAUGAUGUAAACAACAAUUUUGGUAAUGACUUUAUGAUCGCAUGUUCUCUUCUCGAAUAAGGGAUUUUGCGUUAUAAAUGCUGACCUCCUCAAACGUGACUGGAGACUUGCAGUUUUUUUUUCAGUCUUUCAGGACUGCAGGAUAAGGUCAGACAAUAAACACAAUGCUAUGUUUACUCUCAGUGGCCUCCAGAUCGCGCUGCCACAUCUGUAGAAGAUCUCCUGAUCUGCUCUCCUUAAUCUUGUUAGCACAGACACAGAUUACUGUCUGUUCGCUGGCUCCUCCCCCUGACCUCUGCCAAGUGUGUUUGUGCGUAUGAUUAAAGUGGAUGUAUAGAGGACGCGUACGAGAAGGGCUGGCUUUUGUAAUGUCCGUGCAUCCGAGGCUAUAUCGCUGGUGGUUGGUACCGACGUUCCAGCUCUCUGAGAGCCCUUUUGUUCCUGCUCAUGAGAGACCGAUGUCGCUCUCACAAACACCACACUGUAGUUUGUCUUUGAAUGACAAGCCUACUCUCUGAUCCCAGGACAGUGGACACCUUUGUAUCCUCUAUUUUUCUGAUCUGAUUAUGAACUAAUACAGAAUCAAUUCACACAUGAACACAAUUUUUUAACCGCCUUGCUCCACGUCAGGUGAGCUGGAGUUUGUCAGCCAUCAUCCCACUGUGGCACCUCUCAUGGGGUUGCCAUGGGAGACCCAGAAUUCCGAGCCCAGGAGCUGUUCGAUGAGUUUGUUGCAGCGUCCACCUGCAGAGCGGUGCUGCGUUCCUUCAGCCUGCUCUGUGACUACCUGCAAUUGGACCCGAGGACAUCUGAGAAGCCGCUGUACCGUCCAAUCAAGCGUCGCCUCAACUACUGGAAGGCUAAUGCUCUCUGGGCCAAACUGGAUCGACGAGCCGCUCAGCCAGAAUAUCGGCAAAAUCGGGCUUGCAGUAACACCACGUGUGUAGUUAUCGGGGCAGGGCCAUGUGGCCUUCGGACUGCUGUGGAGCUGAGCUUUCUCGGAGCGCGAGUUGUGCUGUUGGAGAAGAGAGACUCAUUCUCCAGGAACAAUGUGCUGCACCUGUGGCCUUUCACCAUCCAUGACCUUCGUGGCCUUGGAGCCAAAAAGUUUUAUGGAAAAUUCUGUGCUGGCUCCAUCGACCAUAUAAGCAUCCGUCAAUUGCAGCUGGUCCUGCUGAAAGUGGUCCUGCUACUGGGCGUGGAGGUUCAUGUCAAUGUGGAAUUCAAGCAGCUGGUGGAACCACCUCCAGACCAACCAGAAGUGGGCUGGAGGAUGAAGGUCCUCCCAAAGUCCCACUCCCUAAAUCAGCUGCAGUUUGAUGCCAUCGUUGGAGCGGAUGGACGGAGGAACACUUUACCAGGUUUUAGACGGAAAGAGUUCCGUGGUAAGCUAGCGAUCGCCAUCACAGCCAACUUCAAAAAUCGUAACAGCACCGCGGAGGCCAAGGUAGAAGAAAUCAGUGGUGUGGCGUUCAUCUUCAACCAGCGCUUCUUCCAGGAUCUGCGUCAGGAAACUGGAAUUGACCUGGAGAACAUUGUGUAUUACAAAGAUGACACGCACUACUUUGUGAUGACAGCGAAGAAACAUAGUCUGUUGGACAAAGGCGUCAUUUUACAGGACUUUGCCGACACUGAACAGCUUCUCUCUCAGAAUAAUGUUGACCAGAAGGCGCUGCAGGUGUACGCCCGCAAAGCUGCCGACUUUUCCACCAAUCACCAGCUUCCAUGUCUAGACUUUGCCAUUAACCACUAUGGACAGCCUGAUGUUGCCAUGUUUGAUUUUACCUGCAUGUACGCGUCAGAGAACGCUGCCAUGGUCAUCCAGCGCAAUGGACACCAACUGCUUGUCACACUGGUCGGGGACAGUCUGCUAGAGCCCUUUUGGCCCAUGGGUACCGGGGUGGCUCGUGGAUUUUUAGCUGCUCUUGACUCGUCUUGGAUGAUUCGACGAUGGUCACUUGGAGAUUCUCCUUUGGACAUCCUGGCUGAGCGGGAAAGUAUCUACCGUCUUCUCCCCCAAACAACUCCAGAAAACAUGCAGAAGAAUAUUGCAUUAUAUUCUUUGGACCCAACAACAAGAUACCUGAACAUUCACCCCUUAAGCAUCACACCUGACCAGGUGCGACACCUAUUUGACACAGGUCAGUGGGGAGGCAGCAAAACAGUCGACAUCAUGCGCCUAUCAUCGCCUAGAUUUUGCCGGCAAGAUUCUUUUUCUGAGUCCAACAAGCUGCUGGAGUGGUGUCAGGAGCAGACGCGAGGCUAUCAAGGAGUUUCUGUGAACGAUCUGACCACAUCAUGGAAGAGUGGAAUGGCCCUUUGUGCCCUGAUUCACCGCUACAGACCGGACCUUGUGGACUUUGAGUCUCUUGAUCAGUCAGCAGUGGAGGAAAACAUUCGUCUUGCGUUUGAAGUGUCUGAGCGAGAGUUUGGCAUUUCUCCUUUAAUGACUGUGGAAGAGCUGCUGUCUGCCGGGGAACUUGACUCCCUAUCCAUGGUGAUGUACCUGAGCCAGUUCUACCAGCUGCUGAAAGAUGCCCCGCCCACCGUAGGCUAUUUGUCAAAGAGUGCGGAUGUCAGAGCGGCUCUCAUCAUUCCAGCCUUUCUGCUAAGCCGACUUGGACACAACCUUUCCCGUAAGCGAAACCAGAAGGACAACAGAGAAGCUUUUGGUAAAAAAGGAAAAACAGAUUUGCCCAGCCAGGAAGAGGAGGUGUGUUCUGGGGCAGUAGCUGGCGGGGCCUCUGGCUCCCGGGUGCGACUGAUGGCCAACCAGAUUCAAGCCAAACUGGAGGAAAAUUCAUCCUCGGCUACAACAGCUUCACGACGACAGCAGGGGGAGCUCACGACCAGCCUUCCCGUCCGCUCACAGUCAACGGAUGACCCUGCACUGCCAUGGAGGCCGAUUAAACGCACUCAACAGCAGCAGCAAAUGAGUUUACGCUUCAAGGAGAAAGUCAAGAGUCAGUCGAUGGGUGGUGAAGAGAAGAGUGUAAGCCCCAGUGGAGGCAGCAGUACCGUGUGUUUUUUCUGCCGCCAGCGCGUUUACGUGAUGGAACGUCUUAGUGCUGAAGGCCACUUCUUCCACCGGAGCUGCUUCCAGUGUGACAUCUGUAGGUGCACGCUAAGACUGGCCGCCUACACCUACCACGCCCCUACUGAAAGGUUCUACUGUCUGCAGCACGACAGUGUGCAGAGUCCUCCAACUGUGAAGAGGAGAUCAACCUCGUCCGAUAGAAGUGGUCGCCACCGCACAUCAGUAGUGUCUGUUGGCUCAGCUCACUCCCGCUCCUCAGCUGACACACAGCUCUCCGGAGAACAGCGGCGCUCUUCAGUAUUUUCUGUGAUGGAGGCCGGGAGAAGGCUAGAGGCGAUGCCAGAGAGGAUAGAGCUGGAAAACCGAAGAAGCUCAACUAAGGUGGAGAUGCUGGAGGAAGGAGAGGAGGGAGAGAUUUCUGAGGAGAUGCUGAACCGUGUCAACCUGAGCUUGGACGAGAAACCUACCAACAGGUCCAGCUCGGAGUCAGACGCAGAGAUGGAGCAAAACCGUCAACACCGCGAUGAGACGAGCAGAGCCGCAUGGAGAGAAGCUCUGCAGCUCCAACUGCAGCACCUUAAAGAUGCAGAGGAAGGAGACGACAAAGACGAUGAGGAUGAUGAGGAGUAUGAAGAUGAUGGGGAGGGUGACGAUGACGGCAGCAGUGAGUUGGAUUCGAGUGAUGAAUGUCACUAUUCAUUUCAUUCAAUGGUCUCAUCGAACACAUCGAUGAGCGGACCCAGUGACAGCACACCGAUGGAGCCGGACUCCACAUCUGAUGAUCGCCUGUCCAGCACUUCCACCCCGGAGACUCUGCCUUACUACAAGACACCAUCCACAGCCUCUUUUGUCUCAACACCAGACUCCACGACUUCCUCGCCCCUGCCUGACCCUUGCAAAGGAGUGGAGUCACUGCCACCAGCACAUAUCACACCCGUGGUUCUUAAGGAGAAUGCUAACAUACUACUACUUCCUGUCGUGGGAUCAAGGAGAAAAGACUCCUAUCCAGACUUCCGAUCAAACUCAGUCCAACCGUCGCCGUGGCCUGUUUCCACAGAGAAAAGUGAAGGGAGGAAAAACCAAGGAUUACGACUCUCAAAUGUCCUGCUAAAAGGUCCGCAAGAAGGAGAAGUAGGUGGGGCCAGGCCUAUUUGGAAGCGGGUGUUGUCAGAGAGGAAGAAAAAGAAAAGACGAGUCAGAGCGUCAUUGCCGGUAAAAGAGAAGUGGGCCAGAGAAACUAGCCCAGCGAGAGGUCCAGAUGCAAGAAGCGCCACUCCCAAUGAAGAAUCAGAUCUGGACUCAUCCACCGUUUUGAAAAGAUGUUCAAUGACCCCCAGAGACUAUUUGUGUGUGGACCUGGAUCUUUCUUCUGGCCUCCAGUCUGUCUCAGUUACAGAGGACACACAACAAGAGCCAGCGUAUGUCCCUCAUGCUCUUGCAUUUAAAAGAGCCUAUGCCAUCAAGAGACGGACCUUAAAAAAAAUCGAGCCUCGACAAAACCCAGAGGGACAGUCUUCGUGUUCCACGGUGACUGUCGGGGUCCUUGUGGAGCCAAAAGAGGCAUCCAGUCUCAGCGUGAUAGAGACGAUUUUCCAGAGAGGACAGGAGAGCGCAGGUGAUAAUCUGGAUGCUAAAAUAACACGUCGAGUACAGAGAGCUGCUCGUAGACAAGCCAAACAGGAGGAGCUGAAGAGACUCCACAAGGCUCAGAUGAUUCAGAGGAAGCUGCAACAGGUGGAAGAAAAACAACGACAACUGGAAGAGAGAGGAGUGAUGGUGGAGAGGACCAUGAGAGGAGAGGCCGAUUUCUGGGGAGAUUCCACCAACGUCUUGGAUACGGACAUUCACCUUGGUGGUCUGGGAAAGCUGGAGAACCCUGCCCUCAUGCAGCAGUGGUUCCAGCUUGUUCAGCAGAAGAACGCUCUGGUGCGGUACGAGUCGGAGCUCAUGAUCUUUGCACGUGAGCUACAGCUGGAGGACAAACAGAGUCGUCUGCAGCAAGAGCUCAGAGAGAGGAUGGCCGUCGAGGAUCACUUGAAGAAAGAGGCCGAGCUGGUGGAAGAGCGUCUGAUCCUUGAGGAAAUGUUGGAAGUGGUGGAACAAAGGAAUGCUCUCGUGUCUCUCCUUGAGGAACAGCGACUGCAGGGCUGUCAGGAAGACCAGGACCUAGAGGCUGUGAUGAUGUCCAGUGGAGUCGGGUUGAACUGGUCCUGACCACAUUGUGGUGUCUUAAAGAACCCUCAUCUCAAAAGAGACAACUUUGCUGUUCUUGAUUUUGGUGACUUUUUAGGUGAGCUGUGCUCUCCUGGAAAACAACUGGACUUGACACAUUUUUACCAAGUUCAGUGACAUCAACAGCUUUUCACUGAUGCUACUUGAACCAAACACAGCCUUAACUCUACCCUAGAAACAUGCUACACAACAUGCUAUUCAACUGUGGCUUUGUGUUACAAAAUAUCAAACCCCUUUUACAAAACUAAUUCCAUAACCAUUCUGAAAUAAUGCAAUUUAAUCCGAUUUUAUUUUGCAGAAGAAGACUGUCACAGGACAAAUAAAGGGUAUAUAAUGAAAUGAGACAGGAAAAAAUGUGAAUUAAAUGAUAUCAACCCAAUACAAUACUCUUUGAUAACAGUGUUUGCUCAAGCAUUUUGCUAAAUUAAAUUAUUUGAAGCCGUUCUAGAUGUAUAUGGAAUAGUCAAGCAUAUACAUAUUAGUGUCCACCAAGAUGUCUUAUUUUGUCUGCCAAUAACUGCUGCUACGGUUGUAAUAAUUCUUGUGUGAUUAAAAUGAUUAGUCACCU